GUUCAGUGUGGGACCUGGAGACCAGGACUUCUUCGAACUGGCUUCGGUGGGACUGAGUACCAGGGUAAUUUCUGACCGUCAUGCUCAAGGAGUUGGAUUGGAAGCAUGAUGUCCAAAGAGCAGUGAGAAGGUGGAGAAUUUGAACCAAAGGCCUUUACCAAAUAGAGCCCCCAGUUCUCAGGACUCUGCCUUUUUGUAAGAGAAAAAGGACAGAAGAAGAGGGAAUAAUGCCAACAUUCCUGGCAGUCAGGUACCAGGCAUCAGUGACAUUCAAGGAUGUAGCUGUGAACUUUAGCCAGGAGGAGUGGGGACAGCUGAACUCUGCUCAGAGGGACCUGUACAAGGAUGUGAUGCUGGAGAACUAUAGAAACCUCGUGUCACUGGGACUUCCAAUAUCUAAACCUGAUGUGAUCUUCCAGUUGGAACAAGGCAAAGAGCCAUGGUUACUUGGUCUGCCAAGAGCUAAAGAAAGAGAGUUGCCAAACAAUUCUUCUUUGGACUGGAAGAGUUGUGACACCCGGAAGUCAUCUCCAAAGCAGAAAAUUCCAGAAGAAGUGGAAUCAUUAGGAACAUUAACAGUAGACUCUGCAUGUAGAGGAGUUCGAGUACCUGGUGGCACAUUGGACAGGAAGAAGGAAAACUCUGAAGGGAAGACAUGGGAGACGUUCCUUUCCCGUGAGAGAGAUUCUAGGCAUCUGUUAAUUAUUCCCCCCCAAAACACCACUAAGGGGCAAGGCCAAGAAUACAACCAAUGUGGGGAAACUAUUGACUGGUCAUCUAUUACUCAACAUCAGAGAAGUCAUACUGGAGAGAGUCCCUAUGAAUGUAAUGAAUGUGGGAAAAUCUUUAGCUGGAAAUGUAAUCUAACACGACAUCUGCUAACACAUACUGGAGAAAAACCUUAUAAAUGUAAGGAAUGUGGAAAAUGCUUCUUGAACCAUUCUUACCUUACUUCCCAUAAGCGAAUUCACACUGGAGAGAAGCCCUAUGAAUGUGGUGAAUGUGGAAAAGCCUUCUCUAAACAUUCAUCCCUUACUGAACAUGAACGAAUUCAUACUGGAGAGAAGCCUUAUAAAUGUAAUGAAUGUGGAAAAGCUUUCAGGCAUAGAAGUGCCAUUAUGAGACAUCAUAUGACUCAUACAGGAGACAGUCCCUAUAAAUGUAGUGAAUGUGGGAAACCAUUCUUAAACCCUUCAUCCCUAAUGGUUCAUGAAAGAAUUCAUACUGGAGAGAAGCCCUAUGAAUGUGAUGAAUGUGGAAAAGCCUUUGCUAGACAUUCAUCCCUUUCUCUACAUCAGAGGAUCCAUACUCAAGAAAAGUCCUUUGGAUGUAAUGAAUGUGGAAAAACCUUCUUUGAUUUUCCAUCACUUACUCGACAUCAAAAAACCCAUUCUGGAGAGAAACCCUAUCUAUGCAGUGUGUGUGGAAAAACUUUUUGUAGCAAGGCAUCAAUCAUCCAACAUCAGCGACGUUAUGCCAGAGAGUAACCCUGAGAAUAUGAUGUCUUAGGCAAAACCUCAGGUUUAUCACUUUGUUAAAUACGAAAUACAAGUUAGCACAAGAUUGGUGCUACCCCAAAACAAAUAUUUUCAUAUGUACUUCCCCUAAGCUGAUAAUAUUGGCAGUGGUGGUUUUAAAAGGAUAAAAUUCAAUGUUGGAAAGGCUGUGAAAAAACAGGCACACUCUAACACUACUGAUAUAGCCAUGAAUUGGUGCCUCCUUUUGAAAGCAUUAUAUAAUAUCUACAAAACUUUAUAUCUUUUUAUUUAAUCAUUCUAGUACCAGAACUAUACCCUAAGAAUGUUAUAUAUGGUGGAAAAGGAGUUGGGGGGGAAGAGGAAAAGAAAGACCUAUCCCUGCCCGCUGAAAAGCGUAACAAUAAAUCGUUGCCACUUUGACUUA